AAGUCAAAGGUCCCUUAGGCCCGUCACCAGGUCAGCAUUGAGGUCUCUCCCAAGGACACCGAGAUGAAAACAGCAGAAGAGCCGACUUCAAGUCUUGGGCAGACCCUGGAGUGGCUGAGAAAGGAGCUGGCUGAGAUGCAGGUCCAAGACCAGAGACUCCUGCUCACGCUGAGGCAUCUUCACAGUGUCCUGGAGGAGCUGCGUGCAGAGAGUGCUCACUGGGAGGACGCCAGGUCCAGUGGAGGGACCUCCCCCAUCAGAGCUCGAGCAGGCUCUGAAGGCAGGGGCCGCCAGCCCUCCUCCUUCAGGGCCCUGGCCCAUCUCUUCCAAGGGGUAGACAGCAGACGCAGCUCCCUCCCUUAAUGGGCCAGAGAUGAGCCUGGACAUGAAACCUCUCCCACCAGUCUAAACUUCGGUUGUGGUGUUGUUAGGAGAGGGCACUGGAAUGAGAGUCCAGAAGUCAGGGCUGGAGUUCACCCCUGCCCUCAUCCACUGUGUGUCCCUGAACCUGUCACUCAGCUUCUCUGUGUCACUCUUCCCUCUCCUGUCUCUUAUCAGAGAUUUUGCACAAAUAACAUAUCAGAUGUGAACACACUUGGAAAAGACAAACAUGUUGCAUGACUUCUGACAAGUACUGUGGCAGUAAUCCCAUCCUUGGGAAUUUCUCACAAGGCGAUUGUUAAAACAAAGAAAGAGCUCAGUGUGCCAGGAUGUUUAUCUAGUGUUGCCAUGGUGAAAAACCAGCCCAUGUGUAGUGACUUGAUGGUUGUUUUCUGUCUUCCCAGCAGGACUUUUUAUUCCCCUUUUAUCUGAAAGCAACAGUCCCUACAAGCACCCUGGGCAUAGGGAUGGGCAUGUGACCAGGCCUGGCCAAUUGUCAUUCAGGUCAUCCUAGCAACAUGAUUGGCCCAAUGGGUGGGCAUGUGACUCAGCAGAGCCAAUCACGGCCCUUCUCUGGUGUUGCGCUUUUGAUGCUUGUUCUACUGCAGUUGCAAAGCUGGGGCUGGCAGGGCCCGUGUUCCCUGUCAGGUGAGGAGGGCCUGCCUGCAGGAGGAAAGAAAGAGGCUAAUCUUCAAAGAGAAGCAGAGAGAGGGCCACAGGAGAGAUGGGGAGAGAGGAAGGGUGCUGAGGGUGCUGGCUUUUUUUAGUCCCUGGUUUCAGGUCCUAGUUCUGUGAGUUAGUCCUGCCGUCCCUCGGGCACAGAAACCAGUGAAUCCCACCACAACCACCGCCCACGAACACAGGCACCAGUUUGUUUUUGCUUAAGCUGAUUUGAGUAGGGUUUCCCUCAUUUGCAACCAAAACAGUCCUGAGGAACAUAAUCCAGAUGUUCAAAGCAGCAAAGCAGAGAAAUCAUGAAAAAAUGGUGUUUCUUUCAUUCAGGGUUGGCAGCAAUAUAUGGCAGGCAACGAGGUGCAUGACUUGGCAGAACCUUCAGCUGUAUGGGGUGCUGGAGCUGUAACUUUGAAAAAUUCUAAAAGAAAGACUUUAA